AUGGCUUCUUCCAAAACAACGGCACCUAUAGUGCCACCAUCCCUGUCACUGCCUCCAUCACAAUUCGCCCGCCUCCAACCUCACGCCUAUCUUCUCGCCCAUCUCUCUCCGCCAGCAUCAAGCAACCAACCUUCCAUCCGCGCCAACGGUCGUGCUCCCUCACAAUUUCGAGUCACAUCUGCCAAUGCAGGCUCUUUAACUCAUGCCAAUGGUAGCGCUGUUGUGCGCAUUGGUGAUACUGCUGCGGUGUGCGGUGUCCGUGCUGAAAUUCUACACACUGAUGAUAUUGCCUCGUGGAGUGUGUCAAAUUCGUCCGACGCAGACACAAAUACCAACAAGCGCCGACGUCUCACUGAGGAAAAUAAAGAUGAAAAUGAUGACACUGACAUUGAAGACCUCAACUUGCUUGUUCCAAAUCUUUCUUUGAGCACUGGCUGUGCGCCCGGCUUUACUGCUGGUGCUCCGCCCUCGUCGCUAGCCCAGUCAGUAUCUCAUCAGAUUCUUUCUCUCCUGCACAGAACACGCUUGGUUCAAGCAGAUGACUUGCGUAUUUGGUACCAGCCACUGAAUCUGGAUACAGAGGAUCAAAAGCCGCAUAAUGAAAACGAGAAAAUGGAUGUGGAUCAAGAUCUCGAUGGCAAGCCUCGGGAGAUUAAAGCAUUCUGGGUUCUCUAUAUUGACAUCAUGAUGAUUUCCCUUGCCGGUAACCCCUUUGAUGCGGCAUGGGCUGCUGUUAUAGCUGCUCUACGUGAUACCAAGCUCCCCAAGGCCUGGUGGGACACUGAGCAUGAGACCGUUCUAUGCUCCGACAAUGUUGCAGAUGCUCGCAAACUUUCUCUGCGGGGAUUGCCUGUUUCAAGCUCAUUCUGUGUCUUUGAGGCUGAUGCUGCUGCCAGCUGGCGAGCUGUUGUCCUCCCAGAUGUCGAGGAGCAGAAAAACCAGAACCAGCGGAAGAACAGUUCUCCGAAAAAUUGGAUUCUGGCAGAUCCAGAUGGCUAUGAGGAAGGCUUGAGUCAGGAGCGGGCUUGUAUCGUUGUUGACAAAGAGAAGAAUGGCAAGACCGUCAUCUUGCAUAUGGAAAAACAUGGAGGAUGGAAGGUCGAUACCGAGGAGCUUCGACAAUUGGUGGAGCUAUCGGGCCAGAGGUGGGAUAAGAUGAAGGAGAUACUUGACCAAUGUUAA